UUUGUUCACUUUAUUAUAUCUCUGUACUUUACUUUGUUCUCAGUUCUUCUUCUUCUUCUUCUUCUUCUUCUUCUUCUGGGUUUUUUGAAGUUCCUCACUCACUAUAGAAACAUUAAUAAAAAGAAAUUGUUCACAACAACAAUGGCGGACAUUAGCCACCCUCCUAUGGAACAGCUUCAAGACCUUGAGUACUGCAUAGACUCAAACCCUCCUUGGCCCGAAACCAUCCUAUUAGCAUUUCAAAAUUACAUACUUAUGUUGGGCACAAGUGUAAUGAUCCCUUCGAUGCUGGUGCCUGCAAUGGGUGGAAGUGAUGGUGACAAGGCACGGGUUAUACAGACUCUCCUCUUUGUAGCUGGGAUUAACACACUUCUCCAAGCACUUUUCGGAACCAGGUUGCCUGCAGUUGUUGGAGGUUCUUUUGCCUAUGUCAUUCCCAUAGCUUAUAUUGUCGGAGACUCUUCGUUGCAACGGAUUAGUGAUCCUCAUGAAAGAUUUGUACAAACAAUGCGAGCAAUUCAAGGAGCUCUAAUUGUAGCUUCAAGUAUACAAAUUAUCCUGGGUUACAGUCAAGUAUGGGGUCUCUUUUCACGUUUUUUCAGUCCUCUUGGAAUGGCACCUGUGGUUGGACUGGUUGGAUUGGGAUUGUUUCAACGGGGAUUUCCUGCAUUGGGAAAUUGUGUGGAAAUUGGAAUUCCAAUGCUGUUGUUGGUCAUUGGAGUGUCACAAUAUCUGAAGCACGUCAGACCAUUUAGAGAUGUUCCUAUUUUCGAGCGAUUUCCUGUGUUGAUCUGCGUCUCGAUUGUGUGGAUCUAUUCUCUUAUCUUGACUGCCAGUGGGGCUUACAGAGACAAGCCCAAUAGAACCCAAAUCAGCUGUAGGACAGACAGAGCAAAUCUCAUAUCUACUGCCCCAUGGUUCAAGUUCCCAUAUCCUCUGCAGUGGGGGCCACCUACGUUUUCGGCUGGUCAUUCAUUUGCAAUGAUGUCAGCAGUUCUUGUCUCAAUGGUUGAGUCGACUGGUGCAUACAAGGCGGCAUCUAGGCUGGCAAUUGCCACUCCUCCCCCUGCUUAUGUGUUGAGCCGGGGCAUUGGCUGGCAGGGAAUUGGAGUUCUGCUUGAUGGUCUUUUCGGAACUGGAACUGGUUCUACUGUAUCCGUGGAAAAUGUGGGACUUCUUGGACUGACCCGAGUAGGAAGUCGCCGAGUUGUUCAAAUUUCAGCUGGCUUCAUGAUAUUCUUCUCUACUUUGGGUAAAUUUGGAGCUGUCUUUGCAUCCAUACCCUUCCCCAUAUUUGCUGCAUUAUACUGUGUUCUCUUCGGCCUUGUUGCUUCAGUGGGACUAUCAUUUCUCCAAUUCACAAACAUGAACUCAAUGAGAAAUCUCAUCAUCACUGGGCUUUCCCUGUUCCUUGGCAUAUCUAUCCCCCAAUUCUUCAAUGAAUACUGGACACCCUCACAUCAUGGCCUCGUCCGCACCAAUGCUGGAUGGUUCAACGCAUUCUUGAACACCAUAUUCUCGUCCCCGGCGACCGUUGGUCUAAUAGUGGCAGUGUUUCUUGACAACACCUUGGAAGUUGAGAAAUCAAAGAAGGAUAGAGGAAUGCCAUGGUGGGUUAAGUUCAGAACAUUCAGAGGAGACAACAGGAAUGAAGAGUUUUAUACUCUGCCAUUUAAUCUCAAUAGGUUUUUCCCCCCAACAUAAUUACAAGCAGCCAAGAACUUUGAGAAAAAUGUCCUGCACAAGAAAGAAUGGUUACAACAUCUUUGAAGUGACAGCAUUCCAUUGUUAACGUCCCUUUAUUAUUAUAAUUAUUAUAUUUUUUUGUGGGACCUGAUUUAAGCGGUCCCGAGAUUAGGAUUAUAGAUUUUAAUCCAUGCCUUUUUUGUAGAUGCAUUAAUA